GUUUUCAGCGUAGGCUUGCGAUCUGUCUUUCCGGCGCUGCGGUCCUUUUCCGUCCGAGUCUAAACCCACUGGUUUGCGUUUCGGCGAGGAUCGGGGAGAGGUUCCCUCGUCUGCUGCUGUGUUUGUGGAGCUUUGAGGAGUAGCAACACUCUCCUUGCUAGCUGCAGAUUCUUUCCCUUGAGGCUCUAAGCCGUCUCGCCCAGUGGCUGCCGUAUCAUCAUCGGCCAUUUCUGUUUUGAGCCACGCCCCCACAUAAUAUCCCGCCCCCCUUCUUGUAUCGCCUGCUACACCCACCCUAAUGGCUUCAAAUCUUCUCGCUCGGUUGACUGGGUCCUCUACCAAGUACGAGCCAUUGCCAAGAAUAUGUCCCCUCUCAGGACGUGUAGGUAGCAAAGUGGUAGUGCAGGGAGGACGGACAAAGGAUUUCUCAGACAAGAGCAGGCAACAGUUGAGCUCCGUCGUAGAGAUCUUCGACCCCUACUCUGAGUUGUGGGAGCAAAGACAAGUCGAAGGAGACGCUCCGUCGCCUGGAACGUAUGCUGCAGCCAGUGCAUCACUCUGUGACGACCUUUUCUCGUUUGGGGGGUUUGAUGGCAGACAACACUUCAACACUCUCCACAGACUGGACUCUAAGACGUGGUGCUGGAGUCAAGUGUCUCCUCAGAAUGCAGACGGAGCUCCUAUGCCUAAGAGUUCCUGUGCAAUGAUAGCAUUUAGAAACAGUUUGGUAGUGCUUGGUGGAUAUGGAGUACCCCGAGGACCUACAGAACCUCAAUCAUUUAUCCAGAGUACCACAUUCACUGAUGAUGAGGGUGGACUAAUGAGCUUCAUAUCUACAAUCUCUCAGAAGGUGUGUGGAGCUGUCCUGCCACCACUGGAGAGAGACCUCCUCCAUUUACUGGCCACAACUUCACUGCAGUAGAUGACAGGAGGGCAGUCGUGUUUGGAGGAAAAAAUGGAGAGCAGGGCAGAAUGAAUGAUGUCUACAUCAUUGACCUCUCCACUAUGAAAUGGAGCAAACUCAACAAGUCAGGAGGUGGACCUUGGCCAGAGGAGAGGUCCGGUCAUGCAGCUUGUUGUCUCAACUAUGGCCAGCAGUUCCCUCAACUACUGGUGACUGGGGGAAUGGACAGCCGGAGCCAGCCACUAGAAGAUGUCUGGAUUCUUGAUAUAGACAGAGGGAAAUGGAGAAAGGAGAGGCCUACUCUGAAGGCUCGCUGGGCUCACUCUCUCACUGCCUUCAGUCUGGCUCCAGGACUGACAGAGGUUGUGGAGUUUGGAGGGACUUCCACGUCAUACACUGGAUCUGAAAACACUCUACCUGAAAUAGCAGACACAACUCUGCUCCAGUUCAGUG